AAAGAACUCGGUCGACCAACGAACGCUGCUGCGCAGGUCUUGGAGCCCAGCUUGCUAAGGAACCUCACGGUGCCCGGGUUUCCAGCCUCGGGAGCAUCUGGCCUGGGCUCGGGGUAGCCCGCCCGCGCUGACCGUCCGUCCGCUGCCAUGGCCGACCACCUGAUGCUGGCCGAGAGCUACCACCUGGUGCAGAGAUCGCCUCCUUGCGCUCCCGCCCACAGCCCUCACGCGCUCCGGACUCUGCAGCCGUACGCGGACCCGGGCCUGGACAGCGGGCUGCGGUCGCAGGGGCCUCCGCUGGGACCGCCGCCUCCCCCACCCGGAGCCCUGGCGUACGGGGCUUUCGGGCCCUCGUUCUCUUUUCAGCCCUUUCCCGCGGGGCCGCCGCCCGCCGCCGGCAGCGCGCACCUGCAGCCGGUGGCAACUCUGUACCCCGGUCGCCAGACCGCACCCCCGGGCGCCUCCGGAGUCCCCCCAGGCCUGCAGCCCGCAUCCGCUGCCCUGGCCCCACCGCCCACCACGCACGCCCUGGGCAGCAUGGACGUCGAACUCAUCGACGAGGAGGCGCUGACGUCGCUGGAACUCGAGCUCGGGCUGCAUCGCGUGCGCGAGCUUCCUGAGCUCUUCCUGGGCCAGAGCGAGUUCGACUGCUUCUCGGACCUAGGGUCGGCGCCGCCCGCGGGCUCUGUGAGCUGCUAAGCGCGACCCAGCACCCUAGUGGAGAAACGGGCCUGAGUGCCCACCGGACUCCGCAGGCGGCGAUGCGGCCCCGCACGCACCCUCCGUGAGGUUGGAGGCCGCGGUGUGCGCGAAACCCCGCCACGGGCGAGAGGCCGGGCUUGCCUCGAGGCCCUGCCCACCGCAGGACGAGUUUGACUUCACUGCUCUGACCUGAGCCUCAGCGGUAAUGUGAAGGAGACUUGCGACUCGACAUUCUUAGCUUCUCGGUCCCGUCUCUUUCCUUCCCUUCUCCAGUCCCCCAUCUGAGCCAUUACAGGCCUCUGCCUGAUGCCCCCACUGCCACCAUCCUUGAGCCCCAGCCCUUGCUGGGGUCUGGCCUGGGGAGGGAAAGAUGUACAGUCCUGACCCCUGCGAAGUGCAGCAGUGCCUUAUCUGGCCUCCAAAACCAAAAUAAAACUGGGUCACU